AUGACAAGUCAGCACAGAGCAUCCCAUAGCAGACACAUGGAAGGACCAGAUGAUGGUCUUGGCACUCAGAUUGACCACGCUCAUGAUGGGUUUCUUGUGGACGAGGAAGAUCAGCCAGAACAUAUUCGGAGAGACAUGUUGAAGUUGCGGGGAAGACGAGCUCUACUUGAUUUACUACAAGAACAAAGAGUUUAUAUCAAGAGUUUCUAUAUUUCAUUUAGAGGUAGGUUCUUAAGGAAUGAAACGCCUGCUGAGGAAGAGAGAGCCCCUUCAAUGGCAGCUGGUGAACUGAAUCAGUUGAGACAACGGUGCACAGUUUCUGGCCUAAGGUAUGUUUAG